AAAAAUAACUAAUUAAAUCCAUAUAUAAAACAAAAUUUUUUUUUUUUUUUAGAAUAAUAUAAUGUCUUCUAUAUCUCUUUCUAACGUUUCCCGAAGUCUUCGACAAGUUUAUUAUAAAAAACCAAUUCCGAUUUCGAUCAAAUAUAAAAAUGAGUUUUUAUUGCAAAAGCAAAAUGAGGUAAAUACGAUACAACAACGGUGGGCUACAAAGAAAGCUGGAGGAUCAUCACAUAACAACCGUGAUUCGCCUGGUAAACGUUUAGGAAUAAAGAAAUCUGACGGCGAAUAUGUCAAAGCAGGAAAUAUCAUUGUUCGACAACAUGGUACAAAAUUUCAUCCUGGUGAACAUGUAAAAAUAGGAAAAGAUUUUACGAUACAAGCAUUACAACCAGGUUACGUAAAAUUUUAUACGUAUCCAGAAAGACCAGAAAGGAGAUAUAUUGGAAUCAUAUUUGAUCCGAAUGAUAAAUUACCAAGAACGCCUACUGAUCCAAGAUCACGUAGAUUUGAUCUAAUUGAUUUAAUAACUUAUAAUGAAAAAUUAAAGAAAUCCCGUGAAUAUGCAAUGAAUCUUCGUCAAAAUGAUUCUUAAGAAGUAUAUUAUUUGAAAAGAUAGAUUAUAAAUGAAUUUUCAUUUUAAAGAGACAUUUGUUAAAUUAUUAUGUAUUUUGAUAGGUAAAAUUAAAGUUCGUAUGAAAUAUAAAUCUUCUCAUUCAUGUUUAUUCAUCACUUCAUAAUAAAUACUAAAGAUGGAAAAAACUGUUAUAAUAAGAAUAAAAAAGGAAAUGUAAUAAUUAA